AAACUGCAAAAAUUUAUGCGAGAUUUUUUUUUUUCCUUUUCUUCGCAUUCCGCUUGAUUACGCCGUUCGAUUCUCUCAAUCGCCGAAAUCCGGCGGCACUUAGUAGAUCUUGAAACCAUAGUUGAUUUCUUGCUUUUUUUGGUUUUUGAAAAAAACUCUUCCUCGUCGCGCUCAAGAUUCUCUCUCUCUCUGUUUCCUUGAGGAUUCUAGAACCAUUUUGGAGGUUGAUCGGUCUUUUGAUUCGAUUGAUUGAUUCUCGUUCCCGACGGAUGAUACAAUAGAUGGAGAUUCUGAGGUAAAUCCAAGGAGCGAAAAGAGAAUUUGGAGAUGGAUGAUAGAGAAGGCUCGUUCGUAGCCGUGAGGCGGAUUUCUCAGGGUCUCGAGCGGGGAAGCGUUUACAAUUCCUCAUCUGCUGAGGGUGUGCCUGGAUCAGCAGCUUGGUUAGGCCGGGGUCUUUCCUGUGUUUGUGCUCAGCGAAGAGAUAGUGACGCACAUUCUACCUUUGAUCUAACACCUGCUCAGGAGGAAUGCUUGCAGAGCUUGCAGAACCGUAUUGAUGUAGCAUAUGACAGCACAAUACCUCUGCACCAGGAAGCUCUAAGGGAUCUGUGGAAACUUGCCUUUCCUGAAGAAGAGCUUCAUGGAUUAAUAUCUGAGCAAUGGAAAGAGAUGGGUUGGCAAGGCAAAGAUCCGUCAACAGAUUUUAGGGGUGGUGGUUUCAUAUCUCUUGAAAACUUGCUGUACUUCGCUAGGAACUUUCAGAAAUCCUUCCAGGACCUUCUGAGGAAGCAGGUUGGGGAUCGGUCGGUGUGGGAAUACCCUUUUGCUGUUGCUGGUAUCAAUAUAACAUUCAUGCUUAUCCAGAUGCUUGACCUUGAAGCAGUUAAACCUCGAACGAUUGUUGGAGCAACUUUUCUGAAGUUCCUCUCUGAGAACGAAUCUGCAUUUGACCUUCUUUAUUGCAUUGCAUUCAAGUUAAUGGAUCAGCAAUGGCUUUCAAUGCGCGCCUCGUACAUGGAGUUCAACACGGUGAUGAAAUCGACAAGGAGACAGCUGGAGAGAGAGCUAAUGCUGGAAGACAUAACGCAUCUUGAAGACCUGCCCUCGUAUGCUCUUCUCUCUCAAUAGCCUUACGAUAGUAAAAUAGUAAGAAGAAGAGUUUCUAACACAAAGGUUGCUCUGCUCGCUCUUCACUUUUCAUCUUCAACGCUUUCCCUCCUGCCUCUUCUUUGACCUUAUCUUGUACCGUUUGUUGGUUGGCUCUAAGAAACAACUCCAACACCGAGUUGUUGUUUGUUAUAUUAAAUCAAGAAGAAGAGGGAGAGAGAGAGAGAGAAAGGUUGGGAUAUAUCUCAGUUAGGUUGGUGGUGGGGUUGGGUUUUGGUUGAAAGGAAUGUGUAGGCUAAAAUGGGUCUGUUUUCUAACAACUGCUGAGUUUUUUUUUUAAAGUAAAUGUGUGUGUUGAUUGAUGCUAUGACGAUUGGGUAAUGUUGUCAGUGUGUGGGGAUAAUAAAUCAGUUGGUUUGGUU